CAUAGCGUGAUGUUACAGUGGGGGUAUCAGAGACGCAGUUGAAGUGUGACACCUUGAGUGCUGCCACGCUCAGGAUGCGUUGGAUCAGAACAGGUCAUGAUAUCAAUGGAGCACUGGAACCAUCAAACAUUGACACCAGCAUCCUGGAAGAAUAUAUUGGCAAGGAAGACUCACCAGAUAUUUCCGAUUUGGACUCCAUCUCUGAAAUCCCAGCCUCUGCUGGCUACCCUCAUGCCCAACCUUCCAGCUCUGCCAGUGUCGGUGUAUCUGUCUCCAAUGCUGGCCAUGCUUCUAAUGCUGCAUCUAGUGGUCCCCUCCAUCAUGGCCUUCCAAGCACCCAAGUCCCCAUCCGGCACGGUCUCCACCAUGGCCCCCCUGGCAGCCAAGUUCCAAUCCGGCAUGGCCCCCCAUUGCCCAGUCCAUGUGGACCCAGCUACAGUACUCACCUCAACUGCAAUAACAACAAUGGCAUGGUGAUGCCCAAGGGGUACCUCAGCAGCCACUGCCUGACCAACAUUGCCCCUCCAAUCAAAUCAGAGCUGAAGGCCUCCUACACACCUGGCACUUUACCCGACUCUCCCCCGGACUCUGGAUCAGAGGCAUACUCCCCCCAGCAGGUGAAUGAUCCUCACCUCCUUCGAACCAUGACUCCUGAGAAUAUGUGUCAUAUAACUCCCCCUUCCCGCCUGGAGCACCCACCCCCUCCUCCACCGCCACCCCCUCCACCAUCCCACCUCCAAGGGCCACCUCCACCACCACCACCACCACCACCGCCUCACCCACACCAGCAGCCGCACAGCCAUCACUAUCCCAGCAUGCAGCGGGACAUGUACAUGAAGGCUGAGUCUCUGAUGCCCCAGUUCACUAUUGGACAAGGCAUGUCACCUGGAGAUCUCCACCAUGCCCAGCAGUCACAGAUGCUUCACCAGCUACUGCAGCAGCAUGGAGCAGAACUUCCAGUGCACCCUGCCAAGAAGAGGAAACACUCAGAGUCGCCCCCAAAUACUCUCAAUGCCCAGAUGCUUAAUGGGAUGAUAAAGCAGGAGCCAGGGACAGGGUCUGUGCCUCUCAACCCUGACAGAGCCCAAACACCUCCUUGGCAUCAGCAGGGGGCGCUGUCACCAGGCCUGAUUCAGGACAAUGACAGCUUGAAUGGCUCCUACUUGGAUCCCAAUUACCAGUCUAUAAAAUGGCAGCCACAUCAACAGAACAAGUGGGCGACUCUGUAUGAUGCCAACUACAAGGAGCUACCGAUGCCCACAUACCGGGUGGAUGCAGAUAAAGGCUUCAACUUCUCUGUGGGUGAUGACGCUUUUGUGUGCCAGAAGAAGAAUCACUUCCAGGUCACGGUCUAUAUUGGUAUGAUUGGAGAUCCUAAGUAUGUCAAGACCCCCGAAGGCUUGAAGCCGCUUGAAUGCUUCUAUCUGAAACUGCAUGGAGUAAAGUUGGAGGCCUUGAACCAGUCCAUCAACAUAGAGCAGUCGCAGUCUGACCGCAGCAAACGGCCCUUCAACCCUGUCAUGGUCAAUUUGCCUCCGGAGCAGGUUACAAAGGUCACUGUGGGACGGUUGCACUUCAGUGAGACAACAGCCAAUAACAUGAGGAAGAAGGGCAAGCCCAAUCCCGAUCAGAGGUACUUCAUGCUGGUUGUGGCCUUGCAAGCUCAUGCCCAGAGCCAGAACUACACUCUGGCUGCUCACAUCUCGGAGCGCAUCAUUGUUAGACAAAGGGCCGGUUCGGGGUUAAAACACAAACAGAGGGCGGACGGGGACCCCGGAGUCUGCAGACAAGCCUCUAACCCAGGCCAAUUUGAGAGUGACAGCGAUGUACUCUGGCAACGUGCUCAGCUCCCCGACACCGUCUUUCACCACGGCAGAGUUGGCAUCAACACAGACCGCCCAGAUGAAGCCUUGGUCGUCCAUGGCAACGUGAAAGUCAUGGGCUCCCUUAUGCACCCAUCAGACAUCCGAGUAAAAGACGACAUCCAGGAAGUGGAUACCACAGAACAGCUGAAGAGAAUCUCCCGUAUGCGACUGGUGCACUAUAACUACAAGCCAGAGUUUGCUGCCACCGUAGGCCUGGAGAACACAUCAGAGACAGGUGUCAUUGCUCAGGAGGUGAGGGAGAUUCUCCCAGAAGCAGUGAAAGAUACUGGGGACAUGGUCUUCACCAGUGGGAGGACUGUAGAGAACUUCCUAGUGGUGAAUAAGGAGCGCAUUUUCAUGGAAAAUGUAGGGGCUGUGAAAGAGCUUUGCAAACUGACUGAUAACCUGGAGACCCGGAUUGAUGAACUGGAGAGAUGGAGUCAUAAACUCGCCAAACUCAAGCGACUGGACAGUAUGAAAUCAACUGUUAGCUCUGGAGCAUUCAGCCAAGCAGGGAGUCAGUUCAGCCGUGCAGGAAGUGUGCCACACAAAAAGAGGCCCCCCAAAAUGUCCAGCAAGUCCCCUUCUGUGGUCACGGACCAAGCGUGCAUCAGCCAACGUUUCCUUCAAGGCACCAUCAUUGCCCUGGUGAUCAUCAUGGCAUUCAGCGUGAUAUCCAUGUCUACCCUCUAUGUGCUGAGCUACCGCAAUGAGGAAGACGUUGUGGAUAUAGAAGGUUCUUUUGCUGUGCCGACCACUUGCCUCCUGGCUCUCUUUCGGCACAGGGGUCCUGGCAUCCCAGUUGCCCUGUGUCCACGGUCCAGUCAGAACAUUGAUAAGAAUCAGAUUAUGUUUUCUACUGCUGCCUCAUCAAACACACCUGAUGAUGCUUCCCUUAAACAGCAUGCCACAACACAUGUGCCUGAAUCGCUCUAUGACUUGCCUGCCCAAAGCAUAUUAGUCUGUUUCGACCCGCCUUGUUUCUCCAUGUGCUGUUCUCCUUUUCUGAACACCAUUCCAAACAACGUAUCUUCUGAUGCAGCUUCUGAGACUACCACCCCAGCCACCAACAACCGGACAGAUCAAAGCCUCAUGUCACUGCUGCCAGUGACCAACAUCAAAGCUAAAUCGAGGGGAAUCACUGGCAAGGUGACUUCCCAUACAAAGUGGCCAAAGACCUCUGAGAGAUCACGGGGCUUCAGCAGCCCCAAUGCCAGCCCAUCCUCCCCCUUCACCCACAUCCAAGGCAAGUCCAAAUACAUCUCCAACCUCCCAACACGCAACAGCUUCUCCCCUGGGCAGACACGGCAGCGGCGCAGCACCAUCAGCCAAUCAGACGCCGAGGAGCCCAGCACAGGAAGCACCAGCCAGGAGGGAAAAGCUCCUGUUCUCCAGUCCAUAUCACUUGUAGAGAGCAACGUGGUCAUCACGCCUCAGGCCUGUGCUGCUGGUGAUGAAUGCAGGCCGGGGAACAUCACAUACCGCAUCCCCAUCAGCAAGUUUACUUCGGUGAACACAAAUCUUACUCUGGAGAUGAACGCCUCCUCUGCUGUGUCUGGCUAUUUUUGUGGUUUUGCCUCCAGCAACCCAUGUCAGCACAACACUGUGAACGCGGACAGCUUCUCUGAUGCAGCAGGCACCCAGGGAGUAACAUACCAUUGGCCUGUGGUGAUGAUGCCGUUCCAAGAGUUCACCUAUCACUUCCGAUUUGCUAAACCUGGCCAAGCAAACUGCAGUACUGCUGUGGAGCAGAUGGGCUCUCUCUUCACUGACUAUUACUUCCAAUUCUACUGGCUGUGUGAGUGAGUCUCGGGAGCACCACUGCCCUUGGACUGGAACUGAAAUGGGCCCACAAGGCUCAUUGGACUGGAUGUUCCCUCCUAUGAGCCCCCAAGUCCUAUCCUGUUGCCUCUGUCAUCAGCUGGUGUGGUUCUCCCCCACCCCACCCUGCGGUGGAAUAUCAACAUUAGAAUGCCAAACAACUUUGGGGGAACGAUGCCACUAGCAAGCAAAACAUGGAAAUACUGAGGCAUCUUUUUCCCCCUUGACAUGCCAGAUGCUUGUCAUUCAGUCCUCCAAAGGCCUUACUUGUUGUAGAGACAUCGACAUUCCUUCUUUUUCCUCAUUUUUACACUGGAUUUGAAAGUUCUACACUGGAGCCGUGCCUGGGUUUAAUGUCUUUGGGCACCUCAGAACUACAAAAUACAGUUCAGCUGGGAAGAGAUCUCAGCACCCAGAGAGCCAACGAAGCGGCUUUCUUAGACACUGGCGUUUCUCAACGAUGACGCUGGGAGUCCUUCUCUAAAGCUGAAACACUGGAAUUCUUUCUGUAAAAGGAAUAUUCUGCCUGGCUGUGUUUGCAAGUCAUACACUGGAGUUUCUGACCUUCUGGCUGGCAGCUAGCCUCUUCUCUCUUUAACUUAUGCUCUGCAGAAGUCCUGGUGACACUGGAACACACAAAUGACCAGUCGUUUCAAACAGCAGCAACCAAUGGAAAAGCAAUGGGAUUUGCCUCUGGCUUCCCCCCUCCCUCUCUCUCUCUCACCAUAUAGUUACAUUCCAGGGAGAGAAGACCUCAGUAACCUCACAAAAACAACUCUCAGGCAGGCUAGUUUUAUUCCCAAUGUGCCUUUUUUCAGGAUUGGAUAAAUACGCUUCUGAAGAAGCAAGCUCAAAUCUACUUGAGGAAAGCAGUGUCUGAGCUUUGCCUCUGGACUGAUAUAAUAUGCAUUGGCAUCCUAGGGCUCCUCGCGAGGCCCAUACAUUGAGAGCAGCAAAAAAUGCCUUUCAGCCCAACAAGCACACGGCACGACCCUUGCUCAGCAGGAGACCAUCCCUGAAGUUGAAGAGGGAGGCCAUCAGAAGAGAUCUACCCUACACUAAACGUAUAUCCAGACUGAAAAGUGUUUUGAUCCCCAAGGGGUCACUUGUCAGGCAACAAACAGAACAUUUUUUUCACUCCAGACCUUAAGCCUCCUUGGCAUUCUUAAGAAUAUUUUGGGUGUAUUUUGGGUAACUUACUGUUACAAGGUGUUAACUUGCUAAACCACUGAUCUUUCCCCCUCCCCCUCCACACAAGAUCAGCUUGUUUGAUUAUUGAUCCACUUGUCUCUCAUAGGAAACCAAAGCGGGCUGUCGCUGGGCACCAGCCUGCGUCCGCAUUUUGAAUCGGGGAAGCGCAAGGAGUUAAGACAAAUGCACAAGCACAACCAUCCAGCAUUUCAGGCCUUUAACUUCCAUUCAGAGGAAGGAAGGACAGGCCAACUCAGUCAAGCUCUGUUUUUGUUUUUUGUAAAACGGGUUAUUUAGAUUUCUGUGCAAGAGUGUGAACAGCAACUUAGGGAGGAUGAGAGGACAGGGAUGGGAAAGAUAAGAAGCAAAAUGGUUAGCUGCUGGGACUGCUCGUAUAUUCUGAAUCAGGUUAUCAAUCUGCAAAUCCACAGAUAUAAACAUACUUGCCUUUGGUUUAAUUCUAAUGACCAAGCACUGAUGGUUUUUAAAUCACAUUAUUGUAAACUGAAAGGAACAACUGUGUUAAGGUAGGAAUCCACUUUAUGAUGGUGGCUGGGUUUAUCUCUGUGUUGGUGAAAUGUGUAUUGGUGCCUGCAUUCCUGGAUAGAUCUGCCAUUUUAUUAGUAGUAAUGAAAUUGCCCAGGUAGGCAGGCCUGCCCGCCCCCAUCCCCAGUUAUCACCAGUUUCACAUUUGCUGCUCUCAGCUCACAUUACAGAUUUAAUAGUCAACCCCUUUGCCCAGAGAACUCUGGUAACCAUAGUUCUGCUUGGGGAGUUCUCACAUAAAUUUUUCAGCACCCCCAGUAAGCUAUGAUUCACAGGAUUCUUUGAAGGGAGCUGGAACAGUAAAAGUGACAUAAAAGUAAUAAAAAUGUGUAGAUAAUGUCUGCAGUGUCUGUUGGCGUCCCAGUGACGGUUGCCACUUUUCGUUACAAUGAUGCACAUUACAUGAAUGGGCAUAAGGGGAAAUGGCACCUGGCACUGAGGAACUACCAUUCAUUAGAAGCAGCCGAGAGGGGCACACAGGCAUGGGCUGGGGAAGAUAUUGGAGACCCAGCAGAACAAGGGCACUGAUAGCAUCUGAUAAUAGCUGCGGGCUGUCUUAUCAAGGAACAAGGAUAUGAGAAAUGUAGUUGCAAUUGCUAGUGCUCACCACCAAGUGGCACCAUUGCUGAACAGAGGGGGAAACAAACAGGAACAAUAAGAGACCAGCAGUUAUGUCCCCCUUAUUAACGUCUCAUUUUGCCCCAUCAGUCAGACUGGGUCAUGUAAUUUGUUAGUGGCAUUUAGUGCAGCCAAGGAGGUGUUUCCUCCCUAGUGAAAGAAGUGCAGAAAUCUGUUUCAUAGCAAUUCUAUACUCUUACUUCUUCAGUAAAUCCCAUUGAAUUUGGUGGGACUUACCUCUGGGUAGAGGGGUGUAGGUUUGCACUGUUACUCAAUGUUACUUGUGAAAACGUUCUUGCAUUGAAUGCCGGUAAUGCAAAACUGGUUGAAAUCUCCCUUGUGAAACAGCCUGUUACUGACAAGCAAGCACUCUUGCUUCUCCUUACAGCCCCUGCUUCUCUCUCCCCCUCCUAUGUUCCUCCUAAACAGAUCUGCAGUAUCUGGGAGCCCCAUUUGAAGACCCUUAGAAUUAUCACUGCUGUGGGUUCCCCACCACCACCCUUUCCUCUGCUCCUGCCGCAACUCCAACACAUGUCUGGUAGAGCCAACACAGACGGGGUGGAAAUGGCGAUCUUAACCUAAACUUCAUUGAAUUGCUGUGGAGUCUUAGUCUGCCACACAUCUGCACACCACCCUCCCAGGAUAGAGGCUAUUGCCUUUUUCUUUUUAAGUAGGAGACACACACACAAAAAC